AUGUCGCUCACACGAGUCGCGUCCGUCGAUGGCCUCGAACGAGAGCGCAGAGGCUCCAGUGUCUCUUCACCUCGGAGAAUGAGCUUCAAUCCCAUGUCUGACUGGGCACCUCCUACCGACCGAAGGCCAAGUCUCGUCCAGGCCGCUCUUGAGUUCGAGGAAGUCUCCAAACAAAAGCGCAUAGUCCAGGUUGUAGUCGCCAUCAUCUACUGCCUUUUCGCUGCCGGUGUCGUCUUCGGCUAUGCGGCCAUCAAGCCGGUCCUGAUCGAUGAAGGCGUCUUCAAGGGCCUGUGCACACCAGAAGAGGUAGAAAAGAAUGUGUCGCCGUGUUACCAGCAAGAGAUCCGGCUGAACUUCAUGUUCACUGUGGCAGCGGUCUCGACAAAUGUCGCAGCGUUGCCGAUUGGGACAAUUCUCGACCGAUACGGUCCUCGAGCCUGCGGUGUCAUUGGGAGCAUCUUCCUGGCCACGGGGGCCUUACUCUUCUCCUUUGCCUCCAAGGUCAAAGCUGACCUCUUCACACCCGGCUACUUCUUCCUCGCCUUGGGCGGUCCUUUUAUCUUUAUCUCGUCCUUCCAACUCUCCAACACCUUUCCCCAAAACUCGGGUCUGAUCCUUGCUCUGUUGACCGGUGCCUUUGACUCUUCGUCCGCCUUAUUUCUUGUCUUUCGGCUGGUUUAUGAGGCAACAAACGGAAAGCUCAACACACACCGUCUCUUCCUCAUUUAUCUGGUUGUCCCUGUCUUCAUAUUCCUGGUCCAAAUCUUCGUGAUGCCCAACGAAUCUUACAAAACCGUGAGUGAAGUUGUCAAGGACGCCGAAGAGGAAAUAAAUGCUCCCACGCCCCCCGAGCUAUCAGAAGAGGAGCGACGUGCCUAUAGGGAUAGGCGAGCGAGCACCAUCACUGAAGUCAAUCUCUUGCUGGACAAGUCUACCAAUACAAAGCGGGCCAAACGGGAGGAAUCGAAGAACAGCAAGUCCGGUGUCUGGGGUGCCUUGCAUGGCUACACGGCGAUGGAACAAAUAAAAUCACCCUGGUUCCUGCUCAUCACUCUCUUCACUGUGAUUCAAAUGACCCGCAUCAACUACUUUGUUGCCACUAUCCGGCCCCAGGAGACAUACCUGCUUGGGUCGGCACGGAAAGCGAAGACUGUGAAUGACUUUUUUGAUGUGGCCCUCCCUCUCGGGGGAGUACUCAGCAUCCCCUUCAUCGGCACGCUGCUGGAUCACACGUCAACCCCCUUCGCUUUGGGAUUCUUGGUGGUUGUAGCGACCAUCAUCGGUAUACUGGGUUGCCUCCCAUACAUGUGGGCCGCCAUUGCCAAUGUGUGCGUUUUUGUCGUCUACCGUCCCUUCUACUACACCACCGUCUCGGAUUACUCUGCCAAGGUCUUCGGGUUCCAGACGUUCGGAAAAGUCUACGGCCUUAUUAUCUGCUUGGCCGGCCUCUUCAACUUCCUCCAGUCUCCGCUCGACGCCAUGACACACGUGGUGUUCAACGGCAACCCAAUCCCUGUCAACGUCAUCCUUAUGGGCAUUGCUGUCGUCGUGGGCACAGCUCUGGUGGUGUUCACCUACAUCAAGAGCCGCAGCAUGAAGCGCGAACAACUCGAGGUGGAAGCAGAGGGUGCAUCGGAGUCGCUGAUGCCUGGCGCCAAUGGAACCUCUUAUGGUACAUAA